UCACUGACUUCUCCCCACUGGAGAUGUAACUCCUGUCUUAUCUUCGCUCUAGGUGUGUUCUCAAACACUGAAGGGGCCUGGCUCUCUGGGGGUGAUUCCGAGACGUUGAGGGGCAUAGAAGAGACCCUCCUAGAGAAGUAAAGGAUGACCAAAAGCAACGGAGAAGAGCCCAGGGCGGGCGGCAGGAUGCAGAGGUUCCAGCAAGGCGUCCGGAAGCGCACGCUCUUGGCCAAGAAGAAAGUGCAGAACAUCACCAAGGAGGAUGUUAAAAAUUACCUGUUUCGGAAUGCUUUUGUGCUGCUCACCGUCACCGCAGUCGUUGUGGGGACAAUCCUGGGAUUCACACUCCGGCCGUACAGAAUGACCUACCGGGAGGUCAAGUACUUCUCCUUCCCCGGGGAGCUGCUCAUGCGGAUGCUGCAGAUGCUGGUGCUGCCGCUGAUCAUCUCCAGUCUCGUCACAGGAAUGGCGGCUCUGGAUAGAAAGGCAUCGGGGAAGAUGGGAAUGCGCGCUGUAGUCUAUUACAUGACUACGACCAUCAUCGCCGUGGUGAUCGGCAUAAUCAUUGUCAUCAUCAUCCAUCCCGGGAAGGGCACAAAGGAGCACAUGCACAGAGAAGGCAAGGUUAUACAAGUGACGGCUGCAGACGCCUUCCUGGACUUGAUCAGGAAUAUGUUCCCUCCAAAUCUGGUGGAAGCCUGCUUUAAACAGUUUAAAACCAACUAUGAGAAGAGAAGCAUUAAAGUGCCCGUUCCGUCUAAUGAAACGCUCCUGGGUGCCGUGAUCAACAACGUGUCGGAAGCCAUGGAGACACUUUCCAAGAUCACGGAGGAGAUGGUCCCGGUCCCCGGCUCCGUGAACGGGGUCAAUGCGCUGGGCCUGGUCGUCUUCUCCAUGUGUUUUGGCUUCGUGAUUGGAAACAUGAAGGAGCAGGGCCAAGCCCUGCGGGACUUCUUCGACUCUCUCAAUGAGGCCAUCAUGAGGCUGGUGGCAGUGAUCAUGUGGUACGCCCCCCUGGGCAUCCUCUUCCUGAUUGCAGGCAAAAUAGUUGAGAUGGAGGACAUGGGCGUGAUCGGGGGCCAGCUGGCCAUGUACACCAUGACGGUCAUCAUCGGCCUGCUCAUCCACGCCGUCAUCGUCCUGCCCCUCCUCUACUUCUUGGUGACGCGGAAAAACCCUUGGGUUUUCAUCGGAGGGCUGCUGCAGGCGCUCAUCACGGCGCUGGGAACCUCCUCCAGCUCGGCCACCCUGCCCAUCACCUUCAAGUGCCUGGAAGAGAACAAUGGUGUGGACAAACGCGUCACCAGGUUCGUGCUCCCGGUGGGGGCCACCAUUAACAUGGAUGGGACCGCCCUCUACGAGGCUCUGGCUGCCAUUUUCAUCGCUCAAGUUAACAACUUCGACCUGAACUUUGGACAGAUUAUUACGAUCAGCAUCACAGCCACGGCGGCCAGCAUCGGGGCAGCUGGGAUCCCUCAGGCAGGCCUGGUCACCAUGGUCAUCGUGCUGACCUCUGUGGGCCUGCCCACCGACGACAUCACGCUCAUCAUCGCGGUGGACUGGUUCCUGGACCGCCUUCGCACCACCACCAACGUGCUGGGAGACUCCCUGGGGGCCGGCAUUGUGGAGCACUUGUCUCGACAUGAACUGAAGAACCCCGAUGUGGAGAUGGGUAACUCAGUGAUCGAAGAGAACGAAAUGAAGAAACCCUAUCAGCUGAUUGCCCAGGAGAGCGACGCUGAGAAACCCAUCGACAAUGAAACCAAGAUGUAGACUAACAGAAAGAAGUGCUCUCUUGAGCACCAGGGUUUGAAAACCAUAACAAAAUGUUUCCAUCUCGUUACAGCUUAUCCUCUCCAGGAAGCCCCUUACUCCCUGUCCUCCCAACUCUGGUAGGAUUUGCAAGUGCGCAUCCAAACACGAGGGAGGGUGUGGCAGCGGCCAGCAUGUGUAGUGUUCAUCCCGCAUUCGAAGGUUUCAAGUCAUUUCAUGUUAGUCUUCUCUAAGAAGGUACCGAGAUUUAAAAAAAAAAAUAGUCUUGAUCAGAUUUUGCAAGUUUAUGUGACACACAAUCCUGUAAAUGUGAUUUUUUUAUAAGUUAGAGUCAAGCAAAUAGUAGGUUAAACAUGCGCUUAAAUCAACUUUCAAACUUUGAAAGUCCUUCAGAACACACUUCAACUUUAGGAUCAAAACAGAACAACUUGAUAAACUGCACUUGGCUUUCAGUUGGACAGAAGGCUUUUCUCCCCUUUCUGUCCUGAUUUGUGUGUUUGUUUUAUUAGUAGCAGGACCAUAUGAAUCCACACCUAGCACAGCUGUGAGGAGGUGCAUAAAGUGAACUUUCCAUGUGGCCAUGGGCAAGUUACGUGUUAUCUCUAGGCCUCAGUGUCCUCAUCUGUAAAAUGGGUGAGUUCCCUAAACGCCUUCGUGGUCACUUGUAACCCAAAUAUCCUGUCCUCUAUUUCCCCUGGGAACAUCCAGUAGCAAGCAUCAUCCCAUGGAUGUUGAUGGGGAAUGAACGCUUCUGAGUAGGGCCAGGAUGUGGUGUGGGUUGCCAGGUCCUGUAUACAAAAUGUCAGCUGUACACGUCACCAGGUCAGAGGAGGCGUGGAAUUAUUCACAAUCUCUCCACUCAGUUCUUCCCGACGGGGAGUUUUCCCUUCUUCCUACCCUUCCCUGGACUGGUCUGGGAAGGAUAUUUCCCACCACUCCUCAACUGACGGUAGACUUUUAGAAACUAAAAUGUAAGACUAGCAACUAGCGAGGGUGCUCGUGGUCUUACUGUGGAACAGGAAAGAGCCAGCUAGGGAAGAACAAAGCAGAGUUGACAUUCGAAAGAGAGGAUUUUUAAGUAUCAAGGUUAUAUAGAGGUCAUCUUUAAGGAAGAAUUUUUUAAUGAAAAAGGUUCUUUUUUUUUUUUUUUUAACCAGAAACACUUUUUCUCUUCAGUUCAGAAACAUUCCUCAAGGAAGUCUGCAUAUCAGAAUAUGAGAUUCCUUGUUAUAUAUUUUAAACAAGUCAAACGAAUGAGCGCUCUCUCUAAUAGAGGUCUGUGAGCUGGGUGGGUGGUCUCCCAUUUGAAAAGGUUUUGGACUAUCAUCAAAAGUUCUUGGAAUGAGGGAAACAAGAUAUGUCUUUGUGUUGGAAUUCCACCUAACCAUUCAAAACCUUCCGCUGGAGUGGGGUUUUGCUUGGUUUUAUUUGUGUCCCUGAGAGAAAUGGUAGGCGAGGAAUCAGUAUAAAGACAUGGUCAAUGUGGUUCCAAGAAAAAAACGGCCGGGGCGUUGGUUCAGGCAAGGCAGCUCCCGGGUUUAGAGAUUAAUUUUUCCCCCCUGAGGAACAUCCGGCCACAUACAUGGAGCGGGAGCUGUCGGACGGUGCCAGCCAGCGGUGUUUGAGUUUCUGACCGAACAUGGUGGAGGGUGGACUUAAUGAUGCUAACAGACUGAGAAGCUAGACAUGCGUCCUCCGGUUUGCAAUUAGAGAGAUUUGUAUAUAGACUCCGAGCAUUAUGUAUGCGUAAAAGUUAACAUUAGGCCGGUGUGCAGUAACCCUUUAAUGUCGAGGCUCUAUUUGGGGAACACGCUACAGAAGUUCCUGUGCGCGAUGUCAUCUUACACCGGUAGAGCAAGAAUUAAUCGUGUCAAAUGACUUGUUACGCGACGUGAUCACUUUUAUACACUAACCAUUUCUUAGGGAGCUGAGCGCAAGGCCUCUAGGCCGAGCCUCUCGCCCGCCCAUCACAGGCUCUGCGGGGUCACGCACCCAGGUGGGCGGGGAGCCUUACCUUGUAGAUGUAUUUUCAAUAAAGAAAAACUAGUUUUACAUGA